GAACAUCUGCUCCGCAGAAGCAGAUCACGAGAUAAGGGGCUACGUAGCAGCAUUGGCUCGGAUCUCACAAAGCAAGAGAGCAUUUCUACGCGCCGGUUCCGCGUGUCGCGCGAUGUCCGGCGAUGCCGCAAGCGGGUCUGCGUGCCGCAAUGUUGAGUCAAAUAAAAGGGGCAUGCUUGCGCCACUUCAGAGCCAGAUCAGCGCUCUGGCCGGGAAGCAAAAUGCGCUGCGUUGUUCCACGUCCCUCGAGAGCCCGAAUAAGCGAGUAAGACGCCGUCGACGACAUCUCGAUCUCGAGGCGAAUCGCGCACUGAACGGAUCCAGACGCGUCCCGCGCGGACAAGGAAGAGAACGAACGAACAAAGAUCGCCGCAGGGGGAGAGGCUACGAAGAAAGGGCGGCGUGCCUGUGCCGCUCCCAGCCAGCUCCGCGAUCCGACCAGGACGCCAAAGGGCACCGCUGCACCGUCUGUAUCCCGUCGAUGAGAACGCUUACGCAGCCAGCAAGCCUGCCUGCCGUGAUGCAGCCCACCGCAACGCGCGUCGCAGACAAGGGAGAGAACAAGGUCCGUUCAUCAGUCUCUCAUGGAGGGCGCGCCAGGACCGCCCGCAAGUCAAGAACGACGCCAGAGUGCGGCGCACAGCGAUGCAUUGUCCGCAUCGCGCAAGGGACACAGAACGCGCAAACGAGCCAAGCAGCCGUCGCCGAGAUCAAACGACCACAAAGCAGAAGCCAAAACCCCGCGUCGGCGCUCCGCGCAUCGGUUAAGAGAGCCCGAAAACGUGAGCUCGGUCCCCACGACCGCAGCGCAACCGCGCGCUUCCCGGUAUUCGAGCACCCACCACUAGCGUCCUUGACCUACCUACGAACUCACGCACCAGCCCUCGGCGACCCGACGCCCGGUGAGCGAGCUCUGUCCUCUUCCUCCACCACCACCUCCUGCGUCCUCUUCCUCCACCACCACCUCCUGCCCGUCUCGUCUCGUCUCCCGACAAGCAGCUCGCCGCUCGUUUCUUCCUCCAUUGACGGAUCCGUCGCCCAAUGCAGGCGGGCGCAGCUCCGGCGGGUGUAGGCCAGACGGCGGCGCGGCGGCGCGAGGCGUGCGUUCUCCGCGGCCGUUACUCCGUCGCACGCACGGCGCGGCUGGCCCCGUCCGCGUCCUCGUGCGCGUCGUCUGUACGCCGCUGCCAACACCCACCAAAGAGGCCCCCCGCCGGAGCCGCGCGAGGGCUCGCCGACACAUGGUGAGGACGGGCACAUGUGGGACCUCCGCGGGGGCGGUACGCGGUCGUGUGGGAGCCUUUCGCGGACGCUUCUGAUAGUCUGGCUUUACUACGGCGCUCGU